AUGGCCAGCCCGGCCCUGUGCUACUAUUGUUUUGAGAGCCUCUCCGCCUCAUUCGAUGACCGUGAGCCUAUCAACCUCGCAGCAGUAGAAGGUCUCUGGGAACAGCAUGAACAAUUCAAGAAGCUUUCCACUCUUGGAUCCCAGGCCAAUCAAUCCGGUGACUCCGGCGACGAAGGGGAUGUCAAUGAUGAUUCCCAGAAGAGCCUGAAACCACCUGGUGUCCGCCGUCUCCAAAGCCAAACUUCCUCUUCCGAUUCUUCUAGCAUAGCAACUACCCCUUCUAGUGCUUCUAAUACCUCGUCUAAUUCCCAUCUGUCUAGCUCUACAGCUGCUACAACUCCACUGGGAUCACAGGCAAAGACUACAGAGCAGAAGUAUCCACUUUUUGUCACAUGGAAUACUCUUUCACGGAGUGGUCAUAAAUCUUUACGUGGGUGCAUAGGUACCUUCGAAGCGCAGGAUCUUUCUUCGGGACUGAAUCAGUAUUCUCUAACCUCGGCUUUUGACGAUACCCGCUUCUCUUCAAUUCCUAAAUCCCUUCUACCGUCCUUAUCAUGCUCACUAACCCUGCUGGGAUCCUUCGAACCAUGCACUAAUGCCAUGGACUGGACUCUGGGAACACAUGGUAUUCGCAUUUCCUUCAUUCAUCGUGGUAGACGACACGGCGCAACAUACCUCCCCGAUGUCCCUGUUGAACAAGGUUGGACCAAGGAAGAAACGUUGGAGAGCUUAAUGCGGAAAGCGGGCUGGGAUGGUGGUGUUGGUAGUGUGGCUCGACGAUUACUACGUACUGGAGCUGCGGGUUCUGGGGCUACGAAGCCUUGGGAUCAGGUUUCUGAGUUUCGCACUAUUAGGUAUCAGGGACAUGGGGCAAGUGCUUCAUAUGCCGAGUGGCAGGAAUGGAGGAAUUGGGUCCUUUCCCUAGAAGAUGGUGCGAAUAUCCUUGGCUCGACUUGA